AUGAAACUCUGGUUUAAGAUUGUCACGAUCCUGGGAACAGAUCUCAUACAGAUCCCCGCGAACUUCUUGCCCAAGGAGAAACUAACUGAUGAUAUGGAUAUCAUCAUUUCGGAUCUGCAGGAAGUAGCCGAUAUGGGUGCGCAAGAGGAACCAGCCGUUCGGUUCGCCUACGAGAAUCUAUGCUGGAGUACCUUUUUCGACACGUGGGAAGCGGGAUGGGAUAUCGUGACGAGGGUUGAUCGAGAAAAUUUCGGGUUUGUUUUGGAUACGUUUAAUAUUGCUGGGAGGGUAUAUGGCGAUCCGUCAUCUGUUGAUGGAAAAACUGAAAAUGCAGAGAGAGCGUUGAAUGAAAGUUUGGAGAGAUUGGCAAAGACGAUUCAUGUGAAGAAAGUUUUUUACAUCCAAGUUGUUGAUGCGGAGAAAAUGCAAGAGCCAUUAGUGAAGGGGCAUGCAUUUUGGGAUGAUGAACAACCUGCGCGAAUGAGUUGGAGUAGGAAUGCGAGGUUGUUUGCGGGGGAGAGUGAAAGGGGGGCGUAUCUGCCGGUUGAAAAGGUUACGAGGAUUAUUGUUGAGUGUUUGGGUUAUCAAGGAUGGGUUAGUAUGGAAUUGUUCAGUAGGUCGAUGGCUGAAGAAGGUAAGAAUGUCCCGGAUGAACAUGCUAAGAGAGCGGAGGAUUCUUGGAAGGUCAUCAAGAGUUGGAUCAAGUGGCCGAAACUUGGUGAGUGA